AUGCCCCUGGCCGGAUCGAGCAACGUCUUCCCCAAGAUGCCGCCGUCUGCUCUCUUCUCACGGCCCCUGGCCCUAGCAGGUUUUGUUUAUGCGGCCCUUCUCUGCAUCAUCUCCCUCGGUUCAAGCCUCAGGGCCCUCUCAUCUUCAACUCUGGCCGGGCAGCCUGGACGAGUUGAACCCAUCAUCAAGCGCACUUGGGAGUCUGAACAAGGCCCUUUCUCCAGUGGGCCGCCACAAGACAGCGUCGUCGAAGAAGAAAGCGAGCCUGCCGAGGUUGAGACGUCGACCAGCGAUGGCCCCGAGAGGCUCGGUAUUCCUGGGCUGGGCAACCCCCUGCCUCCCCUCAACUCCAUCGUUACGUCUGUGCUCGGUGGAAGCCCUGUCACAGUGCCCGUUCCAGGUCUUCCCACACCACCUGUUGCGUCUGGUGACCUCUUCAGCUCGGUCAUUUCCAUCCUCGCUGGUGCGCCAACUGCUUUUCCCACCAGCCCCGGCGGGAAAGGCGAAGCCUUGGGAGGACUGCUGAGCGCCUUGUCGCAGGUCACUCCCGUGUCGGUGGCUCCAACAGGCUCCGCAGGGCUUCUGCCUGCACUUGAUGUACUGGGUGGUGUCGCAGCAGCUCUUGACAAUGUCCUCGGCUCAUCAGAAGACAACGACAGCCUUGGUGGUGGACUCCUGGGCCAACUGUCUGCCAAUAUUAUCGCCCCUGUUGCAUCGAUUGCUGCCGACCCAGCCUCCAUCUUGGCCCAUCCCAGUGCGGCCCUCGAUGAUCUCCAGAGUCGGGUUUCCUCAGUCCUGGAUAGCCUGCCUUCAGAAAUGGCUGCCGGCAUACAACUUACGAGCAAUGUUGGGGGACAGAUCGCGCAUGCUCUCGAUGCAACGACAGAGGUUUUGGACAGUGUCCCAGAUGUCGCAGCUGGUGUUGCCGAUCAGGUUGGCUCUCUGCUCAAUGCUGCUCCCAAUCUAGCCACCGGCCUUCCUGCUGCCGCCCUCUCUGCGGUCAACCAGGUGGAGUCCGUCCUCGCCACUGACCCGGACGUCGUUGGAGGUCUCACAGGAAUCCUUGGUGGCUUGAAAAAGGAGCUGUCCUCGGCCAUAGUCAACGCUGUGCCCGAAGUAACAUCCUUAGCUGCAGCAGUGGGGGCCGACGUCGUUGACGUUCUCCCGCCGGUGCUUCAAGGCCCUGUACAAGGAGUGUUGUCGAGUCUCCAGGACGACGCUAGCGAGCUCCUGUGUCAAGUGUCCGACGUCGUCACCAAAUAUCAGAGCUUUCCCUAA